AUGUCAACGAUCACUUCAUCAAACAGCACAAACAGCUCAUCAACAAGCGUCGCGCCACCAGAGAACUGGCAACAGGAAUUGUUGGUGAAGCUACUGCUCAGAGAUCAACGAGAGAAAGCAUUCAGUGAUUUCGUGGAAGCGUAUAAUUCACUUGCGAAGAGACUCGCCCAUUAUGCUGAGAGAAACAUCGAACUCGAGCAACAAUAUAAUAUAGUUAAGGAAGAGAAUACUAAAUUAUUGGAGGAAACCAAGAUACUCAGAGAACAAGGGAGCCCACUAAACCAACAACGUACAGCUCAACUGGAAGAACAGAUAUCAAAUCUUAAAGAAGAACGGGCAGAAUUGUACAAAACCCAAGGAACGAACGCACAGAGGCUACUGGACAUGAACGAUUUACUAAGAAAGACUGAGGAGGAAGCCAAAAAGAAUUUGGAAGAUGUUCAGGUAUUGACCGAGGCUAACCAGAUAUUGAAUACUCAAGUCAAUCAGAAAACACAGGCUUUAAAUACCAAGGAUGGCAUAAUACAGGUCCUUCAAGAUGAAGUGGCAACUCUUCAGUUGGAAUUAGUGAAGACUGGAGAGCGCAUGAAAGAUCUGGAAAAGGAAAAUAAACAGCUACUUCAAAGGUGGCUUAAGAAAAAAAAUGAAGAAGCUGAAAAGAUGAACGAAGCAAAUCUGUUUUAUGAAAGUACGAUGGAAUUGAGACAGAAAACUCUUGAAUUACAGUCUGGUGUUGUCAUCGUUGAAAAGGAAGCUACGUCUCCUACAGCAAGAGCCGCCACUAUGCCAGAGACAUCUUCAGGACUUUUAAGGCAUGAACUAAUACUUUCUUGUGUGGAUAGAUAUACUCGUUCGGGCUCCAAGACGCUUGUGACAGCCACCAUUCCAACAGCUACUCUCCGCAAAUUUAUGUCACAUGACGGUGAAAUACUCUCUAUUCAAACGUCAACUGACGGUAACAUGUUUGCUACUGGAAGCAGUGAUAAGACCAUACGGAUAUACGAUUCUAGAGGAAACCCUCGUCCUCCAUUAUCCGGAUCGUUGCAGUCCGUAAUGCAUGUCUGUUUCAAUAGUACAAAUGAAAUGAUAGCGGGCGCAAGCAAUGAUAACGCUACACGACUGUGGCAUAUAGCAACAGGACGGAUUAGACAUACGUUGACUGGACAUAUUGGAAAAGUAUACUCUGCACGAUUCAACGGUGAUUCGUCGCGAGUGAUUACAGGAAGUCACGACAGGACAAUUAAAGUAUGGGAUCUACAAAAAGGCUAUUGCAUACGAACGAUAUUCUCAUUCUCAAGUUGCAACGAUGUUGUACUUCUUGACGACGACGGAGUUACCUUAGCGUCCGGUCAUCUUGACAACAAUCUUCGUUUCUGGGAUGUGAGAUCUGGAAAAGAUAUCAAAGAGAUGACAGGCAUACAUCUGGGACAAAUUACGUCCGUCUCGGUUUCACCAGAUGGAUCGAAAGUACUAACCAGUUCGCGUGAUAAUACACUGAAAAUAGUCGAUUUGAGAUCGUAUGAAGUAGUUCAGACACUACAUGCCGAAGGAUACAAAAAUGGUGCAAACUGGUCUCGAGCAUGUUUCAGUCCUGACGGUCAAUUUGUCGCUGCUGGAUCGAUAGAUGGGACGAUAUAUUAUUGGAACACGACCAAGUCGAAACUUGAAAAAACAGCAAAGGAGCACAAUGCUGCAAUAUGUGGUGUGUCCUGGAGUCCUCAAGGCACGCAUAUAUUUAGUGCAGAUAAAGAGCGGACCGUAUGUAUAUGGGGAAAUUCGUGGAAGGCAUAA